UUUAUACAUUAUAUAUAUAAUAAUAUUAUACAUUUUUAAUACAACAAGCGGUCUAAAAGUUUUUUUAUAACAAUUCUUUUAAAUAUGCAUUCUAAUAUUUUCUUAAUUUUAAUGUUAAGUUGUUUUAUGUCUACACUAGCUUUAAACAUAAUAGCUAAAUUGUUCGAUAAAUUAAAAGGUACACAGCAAACUCUUGAAGAUGAAUACAUAGAAUUAACAGGUGAUUUAAGCAAUAAUAUUACCAACGAAGAUUUGAAAAUAUACUUUAAUUUGAAAAAUCAAGGUUGGUCAAUACUUAAUGAUUAUGAUAUUCAAUUAUUGAAGGAAUAUUUCAAAUAUGGUAAUGAACAUUACUUAAGAAUUAUUAUGAUAAUAAAGUUGAGAAAUGAUGUAAUGUUUUUAGAUGAAAAGUCAUUAGACUUCGAUUUUUUUUCCACUAUUGUGAAACUUAAAAAAAGGACUUACGAAGACUCCGAAAAGUUAAUAGAAAAUAUAUAUAAUGAAAAUAACGGCCGUAUUAAUAAAUAUCAGUCAAGUAUUAUUCAUGCAUUACUAGGCCUGACUGUUCAUCCAUCAACAAUUGAUCGUAUAUUUGAAUUGUCUAAUGUAGACGAAAACGGUUAUAUCACUAAAGAUGCUUUCAAUACAAAGUAUUAUUAUAGCUUAACAAUUAAAUAAAAUGAGAAAAGAAAAAAUAAUAAUAAUAAAAAAAAUAGUACAAUUGAUCUUACAUCAACAAAAUUACAAUAAAAUUACAGUAAACAUCGUUAAAUAAAAAAACCAGCUGAAUGAAUGAAAGAAAUAACUAAAGAUAUUACAUCGAGAGAAGUUGAGUUAAGUAUAGUGUAACAAUUAAUAGGAGAGAUAUUAAGAUGAGAUAAAUUAUUAAAUAAAAUAGAACGAUUACUUUCAAAUGCAUAGCAGUCAAAAAUUAUAUGAGGAAAAUCGCAGAGAACUUCAUCGUCAUGUUUGGGGCAGAAAAGAGAAUUGUUAAGGGACAUUUUGUACGCAUGAAAAGGAAGGCGAUUAUGACCAAGUCUUAGUCGAGAAAAGGAUAAUAUAUGGAACUGGGAGAGAGGAAGUUUAUGGAACCAAGGAUGAUUUGGAAUAGUUGAUAAAAUUGAAAAUGGCAUUUAGUGCAUUAGUAUGAAAAGGGCAGUCUACAGAUGUAAAUAAUACAGUUUUUAUUUUUUAAAUAGCUGCUAUAGAAAAACAAAAUAUGAUUAAAUUUUUUUCCCAUAGAAGAACACUUUUUUUUUUUCUAAUGAAACUUAAAUUACGUUGUCUACAUAUUUAAUUCUUAUUCAGUGGUUAUUUUAAGAAUAAAA